AUGUAUCCGGUAAGGAAGCUCCGUCAAUCAAGCAAUUCGACUACAUCGGUGGCUUCUGCGCGGCCAGCGGUUGCGUGUGUCUCCUGUUCGGGGCUAACACAGGGCUCUGUCGCGUCUUGUUCCCCUUACACGUAUAUUCUGAUCAACGUGAGCCUUGCGCUGCUCGUCGGGCUCUUCUUCGUUGAGGGCAAUGUGCUUCGCCUUCUCAGUCCAAACCGCCUCUUGCGGACACCUGGCUUCACCCCGCUGAUGAUCACGUCUUUCCUUGGCUUUGGGUCCUUCAUCGGCUGCCACAACGUUGGCUGUUUGAGGAAAGGCUUUCUCAAGGAGAUUCCCAGGUUGGUGUAG